GACGGUGAUGGCGCUCACCCCGCUCUAUGUGUCUCAAUCCUACCCAUUCAGCCAGUCUCUUUAUAGUAAUGAUAUUCUGAUGUAAGCUUCUCUAUAAAAUAGAAUGAUAUCAAUUAGUAAGCUCAGUGAUUCAAUCGUAGAGAUAAAAAGAAAGUUGCGAUAGAAUUAGUUAUAUUUGACUUGAAGCUGAGUUGAUUUUUGUGAACUUCUCUCUCUCAGUCAUAUUCUUUUACCUCUUUCUAUUAUCCCUUUUUCUUUCCCCUCCCUGCUCACAGCGACGGAGAUAUGGAUAAUACAACUGGGGAAUCAAACGAUGAGCUGCCAACGGUCCCCGAAGAGGUGACAGCAAAAUGGCUAGAGUCCAAACUAGGACAGAAGGUCAAAUCAAUUUCGCUGACUCGAACUAUUUUCGGCACAGGCAGCAAGCUAUUCUUCUCCAUCGAAUAUGUGGAUGAAGUAGCUGAUCCGAAUUCAAGGCCCGCGCACAUAUGUGUGAAGGGUGUGUUCGACCCUGAGAUGGUUAGGUCUCAGCCAUGGACUGUGGUGUUGGCCCAGCGCGAAGCCGACUUCUUCGCCAAGCUUGCUCCAUCUAUCAAGUAUAUGGGCUAUCCCAAGGGUUGGUGGGGUGGAACAAGUGAAAGACAAGGCAUUGCUAUUAUGUCAGAUCUAGCAUUCGAGGGGUGUACUUUUCCCCCUCAAGCGGCAUCCUAUCCUCUUGAGAAAGUGUUGGAUGGUGCUGCUCAGAUCGCGGGGUUGCAUGCCCAGUUCUGGGGCAAGAGCCAAGAGGACUACCCCUGGAUUACGAAUGACUAUGAUGAAGCUAUGUUAUUCAUCGCUACGCCGUGGGAUAGUGUCGUACGAGAACCCGGGAGACCUAAAAUGCCAGAAUACAUGACGGACGGUCAACGUAUACGCAAGGUACAAGAAAAAUACUAUGCUAAGCGUAAUCCCAGGUUCCGCACGCUCCAACACGGCGAUACACACCUAGGAAAUGUAUAUUUUACUGCGGAUGGCCACACGCGGUUCCUGGAUUGGUCAGCUUUUCACUUCGCUUCGUGCUUCCACGACCUUGUAUACUUCCUCACUUCCAUGUUCACCAUUGAGGAUCGUCGCGCUCAUGAGAUGGAGGUGCUCGACCACUAUUUGGAGACUCUACACCGCUUGGGUGGACCGAAGUUUGAUCGCAACGAUGAGGAACUGAUGAUCGAGUACAAGCGCUCAUGCAUGACGAGUAUCAUUUGGCCCGUUUGCUCUUAUAGCUUGCAGACUAAGGAACGGGUCGAUGCAUUGUGUGAGCGGACUAUUGCCAGUUGGAUUGACCAUAACGUUAUCGAACUCAUUGAGUCUCAGCCGUAAUCGUGGAGGUUUUUUCAAGGGGUCGAGUGUUUUCGUCGGCGGAAAAUUCGUAGUUAUAAAUCAAGCGCUUUGGCAUGCUUUCUAGCUGAAUUUCGUGUGGCGCUUAGUUAAUGUGAAACUGCCAAAAAAUCUGCCCUAAUCUCACUGUGUGGUCGCAUUGUUAGGUUAUCGUUACCUAGAAAUGGUCAUAGACAGGUAAUAUCACCGAGAACUUGGGU